AUGGAAUAUCACCAAUCACCAUCCGAUAACCUCCACUUCUCCGACGUUCAAAAAUAUUUACAGCACAUUCUGGCUGUAACGAAAAAAGAGGAAUCUGAGAGAGUGGCGACAAUUGAAGCGGUAAUUGAAGAAGUAAAAAUCUAAGAACAGAUUCCUAUAAAUGUACAAGAGGAAUAGAAAAUUCAAUUUCAGAUAGACUAACUAAGUGAGGAACAAAAGGAAGAAUAAAAAAUUAUGAUUGAAUCCCUUCUUGAAUAAUUUGAAUAAGUUCAAAAGAGCGAGUUUGUGCAAGCAUAGUAAGAAUCGAACCUUGAGGAGGAAAAAGAGCCAGUGUAUUUGAUUAAUUAAGACUAACGCCCUUAAUAACUUGAAUCUGACAGAAGCUUAGCAGCUGCUCUCCAGCAACAAUAGUUCGAUUCACCCAUUUUCAAUGUUUAAAAUGAGGAUGUUUUUGAUAGAGUUGACUCUCUGAAUCUUUAUGAUUACCAAAAGAAACCAGAAAUCGAUAACAAUAAUCUUUUCCUGCCUUUAGAGGAGGAGAAAGAUAAAUAAGAGGAAGAAAAAAUUGAUUCGAAUGAGACUUCGCCUCGCUCAAUUCCGGAUGAACAUGAUCUCUCAGUUAACUAUGAAGAUCACUACUUAGAUAAUUAUAUGUGUUUAUUAAAGGGUAUAACCUGGGGAAGAGAAAGUCACGGUCUGUUUGACUACGGCACCAGACAUCCUUUAAAAAAACAAAUGCGCACUGAUGUUGAACAGACUCUGGUGCGUACCUUGAACAACGACCUAUUUCUUGUGCCUGUAGAUACAGACCUGCGAUAGGAAUUUGACAAAUAGGCCUAACCCCUACUUAAUAUCAGAAAGAAUAAGAACAAGUACUACUUAGAGGCACUCUCAGUACCGAGGAAAGACGAUCUUGUGCCGCAUAUCUAAAGUGAAGUCCCAAAUCCAAACAAUCCUCUAUUACAACACCUGAAUAAUAUUUAGCCCCAGCCAGGUCAGCCAGUGCAAAUAGCAGUUUAAAAUCUCUAAGUCAACAACAAUAAUAAUGCAUAGGCUGGCGACCAGCAGAAUAAUUUCUCGUUGAAUGAUCUGCCUGACAACACAGCACAUAACUGUGACGUUAGGGAAAGAAUGUAUUAAAUAGUAAGAUCUACUAUUAAAGAUGAAAAAAACGUGUUGGGAAGAGUGCUAUUCAAGGUUCUCGAGAUGAGAAUAGAUGAAAUAGAACAGCAAAAAGAAUUUAAAUAGUUUAGGGAGCACAGGAGAAAUAAAAACUACAAGAGACAGCAAUAAAAGCUUAUACAGGAAAGGCAUAUAACAGAUCAUGAUUGCUAACUAAAUAACUAAGAUCUAGACAAGUCAGUUGAGUCCCUUAUGAUCCUAGAUCAACUGGAAUCUUGCUUGGAAUGCUUAGAGGGUGAAUAAAACUACUAAAACAUUGAAUGUCUGAUCCCUGAAUCAUCCAUAAAGAUUAAACUCAAAGAUUCAAAAAAAGAGCCUUCGCUCAUUUAGAUUUAGUAGUAAACAAAAGCCAAAGAAAAGGUUAAGUGUAAUGAAGAUAGUGCUAAAAGCUACCAGCAACAGCCCUUGCAAUCUCCUCAAAAGACAAUUAAGAUUAAGAGAGCUAAGAGUGGGGGUAGGUAGCUAGAAAACAGAGAAAAAGUUGUAAUUAAUUUUGAUUUAAACUGCAAAAACAUCAAUGCAGAAGAUGCAAAAGAAGAAGAGUCUCUUAAGCAAUAAAACGAAUAGGCUAUCACUAAAAUGGAUCCAAAUGAAAUAAAUGAUGUGAAUUCAGAAGGUGUUGAUAAAGAUUCACCGCUUUGUAGAUUCUGCUGGGGCUCUGAGAUAUCAAUUGCCAAUCCAUUACUGUCUUCUUGCAAAUGUAACGGUGGUAUCAGAUUUAUUCAUUAUUGUUGCUUGAAAGAAUGGCUAAAUACCAAAAGGUCUGUUAAGGAGCAAUCCACCUUAACUUCAUACUAUUAUAAAUCAUUUGAAUGUGAAUUAUGCAAGACCCCCUAUCCUCUAAUAUUCAAAGCUAAAAAUAGACGCUAUAAUCUUGUAGACUCAAACAAGAUGACAGGAAACUACCUCGUCCUAGAAAGCUUGACUUUGGAAUAAAAUCUGCAAAGAAUUGUGCAUGUAAUACAGCCCACUACAUUUGUAAAAAGCAUCAACCUAGGAAGGGGACAUGACUCGGACCUCCGUAUCAAUGAUAUCUCAGUUUCAAGAUGUCAUGCAACUAUUAAGUUUAAAAAGGAUGCUUUUUACUUAAAAGAUGGUAGAUCUAAGUUCGGAACACUCGUCCUUAUCAAGCAUAAACUAAAUCUAACACCAGAUACAACUAAGGCAGUGCAGGUCGGUAGAACAGUCAUCAACUUUAGUAUAAAGAAGUGUCUGCCUCUGAUUUACAAAGAAGGGGAAUUCUAGAAACUGAAUAACAAGGAUAAGGCUUAGGAGGUAAAUCUAGAUCAAUAAAGAGCAAAGCUAAUGAAGCACUUAGAAAAUAUGCAAUAGGCUGAAGACUACAUUUAAAAAUAAGCAGCUGAACACCAAAGACUAGCUAAUGGUGAUAACUUCCACUAGAGAAGAUACUUUGUACAAUAAAAUAUACAUGAAGAAGAGAUUAAAAUUGACUAUGACUUGAAUCUCUAUCCACGGGCAAACCAUCUCGCUCCUCAGCAGCAACUCCUUUAAAACAACCAAGUGGCCUCUUUGAUAGGAAUCAGAGUUUAGGACAUCCCUAGAAACGAAGAAAACGUGCAGUAGGAUGAUGAUGGUCGUUAGGGUGUAGGCUAAAUCGGUUCCGUUCUUAGAUAAAACAAUGACAUAUUUAAUUUAUUACGAAGAAGUGAUGAUCAGAUACGGCCUUUGAAUUCAAUCCCUCAGAUUCAAUAACAAAAUAUCAAUAACGGUAGCUAAGAUAAUGUCAUUGACAACAAUGCAAAUUAGGUUGAAAUGAUCAGACCAUAGGUGGUGAAUAACGAGAAUGGAGUUAGAAACCUUAAUCUGAAUAUGUUAAAUUAUGUUGCUUGA